CAGAGUUAUCAAGAGAGUUGUCUAACUCAGUCCUUCCAUCCAUUAUUUCAACCAUGUUGUCCAACAAAUGUUCAGACGAGUCGUCAGUCUUAUUGAUGCUAUCGUCAUGUGUUCACUAUUUCCCAGGACCUUCAGGACCCUCUAGGAAUCAAAUUGAGAAAUUUGUUUUACCACAUUUGAAUUCAAUCUGCAAUGAAACAAUGAAGGCUGCAUGCAAUUGCUAUGCCUUGUUACCAAGGUGUAAUCGCAGUGGGUCUAAUGAUAAGCGACAGCUGUGUCCAUGGAAUACACAGUGGAACAAAGUGCUUUGCACAAUUCAUCAACUACUUGAUAAUGCUUAUGAAAAUGUCGAGCCAGUUGUCAGCAGGCCCUCUCAAGACUCUAAAGAUGAAUCUCUUCCACUUGGCGAUGUUCCACCUUCAGAGCCUGACAGGACACACACACUCAUCACAAGAUUGAAUUCAUUGCUUUACCUCCUCUCAACAAUGAUUAGGGAAGAGUAUCUAAAAGUUGUGGCAGUUCCCAUUGAUUCUACAAUCAGCCUUUUAGUGAGGAUAAUGAAUGUGACCUGCAACUCACUGAAAAGUGCUGUUGUGGUGGAAUCAGUGUUGUUGAGAGCAAGUCUACCAUUAAUCCAUAUAAAUGCUGUAGAUUUGUUAACCACAUUAGUCACUAGGUGUAGAAAUUUGAUGCUUCCAUAUUGUGGCUUGUUGAUAAAGCUACUGGUGCAAGAGCUUGCUUGGAGUGAAACUAAAGAUCCUGCUUACGGCUUCAACAAACCAUACAGGAAAUUGAGGUGUUCUGUUUAUCACUGCAUUGAGCACUGGGUUCAACUGACAAAUAGCCUGCCUGAGGAGGGUGGUGUGGUGACCAAGUUGAUGUCAUUCAUGCUUGAUGACCUUAAGCCAUUAACUUGUCAAUCAAAGUUAAUACCAAAUGUUAGCAGUGGAAAUAAGCAGCAGUCAAGAAAGGGGAAGAAAAGAAAGAUACAAGAUGAUGUUGAGCAGUUACUAACAGGGCAACAAAAGAUUGAUGAAAAUGCAAAUGAGAAAGUUACAUACAGAGCACUCAAAGCCUUAUGUUCAGUAUUGAUUGCAGCUGGAAGCGACAUUCCUCAUGAUGCAUUUAGGGAAGUGCAAGUUGUCCUUGUUAAACUGAUCAUUCAAUGUCAGCAAUCAUCAUGUAGUACUUUCCCAAUACCUUACCUGAGUGCUGAUUGUCGUCGGGCACUGUACCGCACUCUACUUAACUGUCUGCUAACUAACUCUCCUGGUGUUCCACCACCUGUGCAUCAUGCUGCAAGAUUAUUUAGUUUAGGACUUCAGGAUAUUGAUUUUAAGGUAUCAAGUUAUUGCCAAGAGGCCCUAGCUGUUGUUAAUACAAUCAUCCACCCACGGAUAUUCCCACAAGUGUGUUCUGCACCAGGGCCAUUGCAGCUUAGCAUCUCUGAGCAGCAUGCAAGUACAACAGAAAUGGCCUCUUGUAUUACAUCUGAGUAUGUUCUGAAUACAAGCUGGCACAGUUUGGAAGGGGAAUCUGACAGCAAUGAUGGUAAUCAUGCUGAUCAUGUACAGACCAAUGUAAUCUCUAUGGAACAAGAGGAGUUUGGAGCUAAAGGGGGAACUGUGGAUAACAGUGUUGGGAAUCAAACAGUACAAGGAUCUAAACAGAAUGUAACAUCUGAAAAUCAAUCUGAUAAGUCUUGUGCUAGUGAAAGGGAAAGCCAAGUAAACAGUGGAAAAGAUAAAUCACUUGCUGAUGCAGGAAAUGUGGAUAGCCAGAUCUCAACUCAACCUCAGAACAAUGAGUCAAGUCAGAUUGUUUUACUAGAAACAUUGCCUAGUGAAGACUUUGGGCCUUCUCCACAGUUUGCUAGAGUAUCUGAACCCAAGAGAAAACCUGAUGCUGAUAACUGCAAUUCAAAGGAGAGAAUUCAAACAUUGUGUGAUGAAGACUUUGUGCCUUCUCCACAGUAUGCUAGAAUAUUUGAACCCAAGAGAAGGAAAGCUGAUGCAGAUAAUUGCGAUUCAAGUGAGGGAAUUCAUGUUACCAACAACAAUAGUACUUCGCCCACAGAAAAUAAAGAUCAACCUAAAGAAAGUGUUGCAAUUAGUGAUAAUACUUCCUUAAAUGAGGGGAAUGAAAAUGAUGAAACUGCCCAGAUGUUAGCUACAUUUGUGGACUCAUACCCAGACUCUGAUGAGCAAGAAUUUUCAUGAGCCUUGUAAC